AUGUCUAUUGCGAGCAAGUCAUCCGUGAAGAUUCGACGUUCAAACUUCUAUGUAAUUCCAAGGGUGGGAAAAGGAUCAGGCGUCUUUGGGCUCAAUCUAUGUACACAAUACACGACCACAUCAUAUCGGGACGAUGCUCCCGCCGGAAUCCAAUCCCAACGCGAGGUCCCCAGCUCGCGAGAUCAAGGAAUCAAAGAGACCAUGUUUCCCUCGAAGAGCUUCAAGUCAGUAUCAGGGCAUAAACCGGAAGAAAGCGUGGAAGUCAAGAGAGCUCCUUGCGGCGCGGGCGGUGAGCGCGCGGAAUAG